UGCCGAACCCGCCCCGUAUCCCCUGGAGAAUCAGCUUUCCUUCUGGGGAGCAGCACUGGCUUCCAGUGAUAACGUGAUGACCUUUGACCCCAGCCUAGUGAUGCCAACUGGGCCACAUGGGAACGAAUGGGCUCCCGGGGCCUUGCUGGCUCCGGGUGGCCCGGGCCACCUGGGGACCGGGUGGCCGCGGAUGCACCCCACCCUUCCGGCCCCUCUCCUCCCUGGCCUCUAAGAUGGGUGAAUACCGGAGAAUGUGGAAUCCGACCGAGCCCCGGGACUGGGCCCAACAGUACCGAGAACGCUUCAUCCCCUUCUCAAAGGACCAGCUGCUGCAACUUCUCCAGCAGGAGUUUCAUACCACCCCCGCGGAAAAAGCUGAUCUCCUGGCAUUCGCGACGCAUGUGGACUCCUGCAUCUUGUACCACUAUCACCUCAUCCUCACCCAGCUUCAGACUCUGUACGGUCCCAUUAACCCCGAUCGAGAAACCCUGGGGGAACCAUCGCUAACGGACCUCCAGCGGUUGGCCAACGAGCAGGAGGUCUUGCGGGAGCUAGAGCCGCUGCUGGCCCAGGCCAACUUCUCCCCGUUGUCGGAGGAUGCCGUGGCCUACGCCCUCGUCGUCCACCACCCUCAGGAUGAGGUCCAGGUGAAUAUCAGCCUGGACCAGUAUGUCUACAUGCAGUUCUGGGCCCUGGGCCAAAGGGUCGGGCAGCUCCCGCUGAAGUCCAGCGUGGGGUCGAAGCGUGGCUUCUUCACCAAAUCCCCCCCUGCCGAGAGGCGGUACUUUAAACGGGUGGUGGUGGCGGCCCGAACCCGGAAAGGACACAUGGUGCUGAAGAGCUUUAAGGACACGCCGCUGGAGGGGCUGGAGCAGCUGUUGCCCGAGCUGAAGGUGCGGAUGCCCUUCCUGCAGCGCGCCCUGCUCCACGGCACCUUGCUGGUCAGCGGCCUGGCCAUCUUCGUCAACGUCGGCAUGGUGGUCCUGUCCGACCUCAAAAUCGCCUCCUCCCUCCUCCUGCUCCUCUUCGCCGGGUUCAUGAGCGUCCGAGCCUCGAAGAUGUUCGAACAGCGGCGGAACCGGCAGGCCCUGGAGUUGGCCCACAUGCUGUACUUCCGCAGCACGUCCAACAACUCGGAGCUGCUGAGUGCCCUGGCGCUGCGGGCACAGGAGGAGCAUGCCAAGGAGGCCCUGUUGGCGCACAGCUUCCUAGGGCGCCGAGAACCUGGGCCCCCCGAAGAGGCAGCGCCCUGGCUCCAGAAGCAGGUGGAGAACUGGCUGCUGGCCCGCAGCGGCUUUGACAUCUGCUUCAACGGAGCCCGGGCCAUCUCCCAUCUGCACGCCCUCCCCCAGGAGCUCCCACCCGCAGCUCCUCCCCAUCUCCUCCAGCUCCUCCCUCUUGCCCCCAACCCUCAGGACACCCAUCUGGACCCUGCCACUCCCACCUCCCAGGCCUCAGAGGGCUCUCCCCAGAAUCUGCCCCAAGGACACUGACACCCAGGGACCCCAGGGGACUCCCAGUUCACCUCUAGUCUUCCCCCUCACCCGCAACUCAGUCCAUUUGUGCAUCCUGGCCCGGGAACUCCUCUCCACCCACCCCAGGCCCUCACUUCUCCUCAGUUCCUCCCCUCUCCAGAAUUCCCAUUCCUUUUCUCUGUGCAUCCUGGCCCAGGAACCUCUCCACCCACCCCAGGCCCUCCCCUCUCCUCUGCUCCUUUGCUCCUCUACCCUCCAGAAUUCCCAUUCCCUCUCUCUGUGCCUCAGGACCCAGGAAGCCCCUUCCCUGACACUCCUCCCCAGGAUGCCGACGCCUUGGGGAGGACGUCUAACGCUAAGGCCACCCCGUAGCCCUUCCUCCUUAACUGGGGAGCCCUCCUACAGCCCCUGCACCUUCCUUCCCCCAACAACUUCCUCCUAGUGCCUUGGUGCCCAGCCCCCCCAAAAACCCUGGGGGUUAUCCUGCCAUUGCCUGCCACCGUAGGACUCUUGGGGAGAUAUGCUACCUCUUCUCCAUCCUCCUCAUCUUCUCCCUUUCCUCUCCUGUCUCCAUCGCGGCUCUCCCCUCCCAUCCUCGUGCAAUAUUGAUGACCCCCAAGCUUGGGUCGCUGCAGCACCUCCACCCUCUGGCGGGGGCAGGGGGUACCCCUCUCCCUCAACACCCUCUUAUAGCCGCAGAGUUACUCCCUCAGGGAGCUUAAUAAAGUCAUAUUUAUAUCACAA